AUGAUAUUAAGAAAUGUAAAACAAUAUGCAGUAAACGUUAUUUACCUGCGAAGUGUCUCACGUUAGCUCCUUUAAGCGCUAGCUAGGUUAGCGCGAGCUAACAUCCACGGUUAGCUAGCUAGCGCCACUAACGGUUAACUAUAUCUUAAGCUUACGUGACGGUGAUCCAUGUGCGUCUGAUUGAGUCGACCUUGAAGCAUGCUGACUGCACAGAGGUCGUGCGCAGCGACGGCGGCCCGGCGACUGGUGAGAGCCUCCGUCUCCUCGAUCCACGCGUCCGCGGCGUGUCGGGACCCAGGCGAGCUGCACCCGGAAUGGGCACGCCUGGCUAAGAAACAGCUGAAGGGGAAGAACCCGGAAAAUCUGAUCUGGCGCACGCCCGAGGGACUCAACAUUAAGCCCGUGUACACCAAAGCAGACUCGGAGGGCCGGCCAGAUGAAUUGCCAGGAGUGUUUCCCUACACUAGGGGGCCCUAUCCCACCAUGUACUCCAACAGACCUUGGACUAUCAGGCAGUAUGCUGGCUUCAGCACUGUGGAGGAGAGCAACAAGUUCUACAAAGAUAACAUCAAAGCUGGGCAACAGGGUCUCUCCGUGGCGUUCGACCUCCCGACACACCGCGGCUACGACUCGGACAACCCCCGAGUGCACGGCGACGUCGGCAUGGCCGGGGUCGCCAUAGACACCGUCGAAGACAUGAAGAUGUUGUUUGACGACAUCCCGCUGGAGAAGAUGUCCGUUUCGAUGACUAUGAACGGGGCGGUCAUCCCCGUGCUGGCGAUGUUCAUCGUGACCGGCGAGGAGCAGGGAGUGUCUAAAGCCAAGCUCACCGGCACCAUUCAAAAUGAUAUUUUGAAGGAGUUCAUGGUACGCAACACCUAUAUUUUCCCCCCGGAGCCUUCCAUGCACGCCAUCGCAGACAUCUUCGCUUACACCUGCAAGCACAUGCCCAAGUUCAACUCCAUAUCCAUCAGCGGCUACCACCUUCAGGAGGCCGGAGCCGAUGCCAUCCUGGAGGUAGCCUACACCAUCGCUAACGGCCUGGAGUACUGCCGCACCGGUCUGAAAGCGGGCUUAACCAUCGACGAGUUUGCCCCGAGGUUGUCGUUCUUCUGGGGCAUCGGGAUGAAUUUCUACAUGGAGAUUGCCAAGCUGAGGGCGGGCCGGAGGCUGUGGGCCACGCUCAUCAAGGAGAACUUCCAGCCCCAAAACGACAAGUCUCUGCUCCUCCGCACACACUGCCAGACCUCAGGCUGGUCCCUCACCGAACAAGACCCGUACAACAACGUGGUCCGGACCGUGAUCGAGGCCAUGGCCGCCGUGUUCGGGGGCACCCAGUCGCUUCACACCAACUCGUUCGACGAGGCUCUGGGUUUGCCCACCGUGAAGAGCGCUCGCAUCGCCAGGAACACCCAGAUCAUCAUCCAGGAGGAGUCGGGCAUCCCCAAGGUCGCCGACCCCUGGGGGGGGUCGCACAUGAUGGAAGCGCUCACGGACGACGUCUAUAACACGGCUUUAAAGUUCAUUAAAGAAAUUGAAGAGGUGGGAGGCAUGGCCAGAGCCGUGGCGGAGGGCAUCCCCAAACUCCGCAUUGAGGAGUGCGCCGCUCGCAGGCAGGCGCGCAUUGACUCGGGAUCAGAGGUCAUUGUCGGGGUGAACAAGUACCGUCUCGAAAAGGAGGAGACGGUGGAGGUGCUCGCUAUAGAUAACACGGCUGUGCGCCAGAAACAGAUUGAAAAGCUGAAAAAGGUGAGAGAGAGUCGUGACCCGGAGGCCUCAAAGAAGUGCCUGGCAGCCAUCGAGGAGUGCGCCCGGACCGGCGAGGGCAACCUCCUGGCUCUGGCCGUGGAGGCCGCGCGAGCGAGAUGUUCGGUGGGUGAAAUCACCGACGCCAUGAAGACGGUGUUCGGUGAGCACAAGGCCAGCACCAGGAUGGUGAGCGGGGCUUACCGCAGCGAAUUCGGGGAGCACGAAGAGAUCGUCGGGACCCUCAACAGAGUUGCAGAGUUUAAGAAGCACGAGGGCAGGAACCCUCGCCUGCUGGUGGCGAAGAUGGGGCAGGACGGUCACGAUAGGGGGGCCAAGGUCAUCGCCACGGGGUUCGCUGACCUGGGCUUCGACGUGGACAUCGGACCGCUGUUUCAGACGCCCCUCGAGGUCGCCCAGCAGGCGGUCGACGCCGACGUGCACUGCGUCGGCGUCAGCACGCUCGCCGCCGGGCACAAGACCCUGGUGCCCGAGCUCCUCAAGGAACUGCGGAAGCUCAACCGGCCGGAUAUCCUCGUCAUCUGCGGAGGCGUCAUCCCACCGCAGGACUACGAGUUCUUGUACCGGAGCGGCGUGUGCGCCAUCUUCGGCCCGGGAACCAGGAUCCCGCAAGCCGCCGUGGCGGUGAUCGACAGCAUCGAGAAGAGCCUGGAAAACAUCCGGCAGGCCAUGUGACAACUUUCGAGAACGGGGAAGUCCCGUUCACGUCGCACCCAAAAAAAAAAAAAAAAACGACAAAGCUCCAAGUGGGAGCUCGCA